UUGUGAAACUCAGUUCGCAAUAAAUUCUCCGGGUGGUAGAACGUUACUUACCUCGCAAUGGCUGUCUUAGAAAUUGGUUUGGCCCUCCUGGCCAUCGGUUUUCUGAUCUACAAAUGGAGUACGGCCACCUUCAAAACCUUCGAGGAGCGGAAAUUGUAUUUUGAAAAACCGUAUCCAUUCGUCGGAAAUAUGGGUGCAUCUUUCUUUCAGAGAGCCUGUUUUCAGAAGCAACUAUCCGAGUUCUACGAUCGCACUCGUCAGCACAAACUGGUGGGCUUUUUCAAUCUUCGCACCCCCAUGAUCACGCUGAAUGAUCCGGAGCUGAUCAAAAAGGUCUGCGUGAAGGACUUUGACCACUUUCCCAACCACCAACUCUUUAUCACCUCCAACGAGCGCCUCUUAAACGACAUGCUCAGCGUGAUGAGAGACCAGCGAUGGAAGCACAUGAGAAACACCUUGACCCCGGUCUUCACGGCGGCCAAGAUGCGUAAUAUGUUCACCCUGAUGAACGAGAGUUUCGCGGAGUGUCUCCAGCACCUGGACACCUCGGCCACUUUGCCUGGAAAAAAGGGUUUUGAAGUGGAUAUGAAGGUUCUGUGCAAUAAGCUCUCAAACGACAUAAUCGCCACUACAGCGCACUGUGGGCCAGAAAGUUCAUUUUUUGGCCAAAAAUCUGUAAUUUCUUUCCUGGGAUAGUUAGAAGGAUGCAGUUUUUUGCAUUUAUCUCUUAAAAGAUUGAACUUUUCAACGAACUAAAAACUGACAAUCUUUGAAGCUGGUAAGGUUGAGUACUUUGUUCGUCUGGUGGUGGAUGCCAUUAGGUACCGGGAGAAGCACAAUAUCUCGCGUCCCGACAUGAUCCAGCUGCUGAUGGAGGCCAAGAAGGAGUCGGAGGAUAACUGGACUGACGAUGAGAUUGUGGCCCAGUGCUUCAUAUUCUUUUUCGCCGCCUUUGAAAACAACUCCAACUUAAUCUGCACCACCACCUAUGAGCUGCUUCAUAAUCCCGAAGUCCAGGAGCGUUUGUACGAGGAGGUGAAGGAGACCCAGGAGGCUCUGAAGGGCGGUUCCCUCACUUACGAUACAGUGCAAAAGAUGACCUACAUGGACAUGGUUAUUUCCGAAUCCCUCCGAAAAUGGUCUUUGGCCGCCGCCACCGAUCGUCUUUGCUCCAAGGACUACACCCUCACGGAUGAAGAUGGCACCAAGCUCUUCGACUUUAAAGUGGGCGACCGCGUCAACAUCCCCAUCUCUGGACUGCACUUGGAUGACCAAUACUUCCCGGAACCCAGAAAGUUUGACCCGGAACGUUUUAGCGAAGAACGUAAGGGAGAAUUGGUGCCCUACACCUAUUUGCCUUUCGGCGUAGGACCUCGAAACUGCAUAGGAAAUCGAUAUGCUUUGAUGCAGGUCAAGGGCAUGCUAUUCAACCUCCUGCUAAACUACAAGAUCGAGGCUUCCCCGAGGACCACCAAGGAUCUUUGGGGAUCCGCACGCGGUUUUAACUUCACCCCCAGGACCGGCUUCUGGAUGCAUUUGGUUCCGCGUAAAUAGAAUGAUGUGAAUACUGAACAGACUACUCAGCUACUAUUAAAUAAAAUGCACAUAAUUAUAUAAUAUUUAACAUUUAA